AUGAAUCCUUGGAACGUCUGUGGUCCCUACUGUGUGUUGGACUGGUCGACCGAUGCAGAGGGUUAUCUAUGCGGGGAUCGCAUCGAAUACUUGAUCGAGCAGCGAAACUAUGCGUCCAGCAAGGCAUGUCGCACUGUGGCCAAGUCUCAAUUCCCUCAUAUAUGUGGCAACUGUGAUCCUGAUGCGGAAAAGCCAAUAGAACCGGCAGAAGGCAUACUGGCACCCAAAAUCGCUCCGUUCUGUGGCUGUGAUUCAUGUGACUCCAAUGUCUGGGAUACCAUUGCCGGGCUAUACUCUUGUGGUUCUAGAAUUGGCUACCUCCUGGAGCAACAUGCCAAUGUAUACACCAAUGAGCAGGAAGCCUGCCGUCGCGUAGGAGGGGAGGAGUUUCCUCAGGAAUGCGGUGCCUGCAACCCAGACUCUUGCACGAGGGGUGGUUCAGGAUUCAACCACCAGGGAGAUGAUGGACAACCUCGGCCACGACCACGACCGCAAAUGCAGCCGGAGCAAGAACCAACAGAAGAGGAGGAACCGCAGGAACAGGUGGAGGAUGAGGAAGAACCACCUCCCGAAGAUCCAGAAGAGCAAGAGCCACAAGAAACGACGCCUGAGGAAACGCCUCAGGAAUCGCUGGAGAGGCCAACGUUACAGGGUCCACCACCGGAUAAUUCAUCGCUGCAGCAGGAGGAAGCAGUAGAAACAGAGGAAGAGACAUCACUCCACUCACCUCCGAUGGAAUUGUACUGUUACCCUCCUUUUGAAGAAAGAACGAUAUAUAACAACGUCUUUGGGAACUAUUGGGUGGAAGUCAAAGAGGGGGAUAAAUGUGGGCCAUCUGAUAAUCUUUUUACAAAGGAGGCGGUUUCAGUCAGCAAUGACCUCUCGGAACUAACCCUGACAAUGGGCAGACAACCUGAUGGACGAUGGUCGGGCAGCGAAGUGCGCAUUCUGCUUCCAGAACCCAACGACUACUAUGACUAUGGAACCUACAGAUUUUCCGUGAAGACCAUCGAAGUUCGUGAUACUGUCACCAACACUAUCGUCAGCAAUCGGCUCCCUAUCAGUGUCAUUUUGGGGCUCUUUACAUGGGACGAUACACAAGACUUCAGCAAAAGAGCAGAAGAGAAUUGGAUGCAUGAAGUAGAUGUGGAGAUAUCCCAAUGGAAUAUCCCCAACAAUGAAGAUGUCCAGUUCUUGGUUCAGCCGCCAGGAUCACCCCAAAAGUAUCGAUUCUAUAGUGGUUCUUCACCCACUGUACCAGCCUACAAGCAAGCCCCGAAUACAUAUGAGUUUGACUGGAAUCCAGCUGAGAUUACAUGGUCUUCAAGUGCUGGUGGUGGGCAAACCUUCACUUAUUCAACACAAGAUGCUCUGGAUUCUGGUCAACCUGACUACACACAGUGCAUGCCAGCCAAUGUGGAGGUACGCAUCAAUCUUUGGCACCUGUUCGGUUCCUCUCCCCCAGCUGGGCUCGAAGAUACACAUGAAGUGAGAGUGGUCAUUGAUGACUUCUACUAUGAGCCAUCUGGCAUUCAAGCAGUUCCAGACGGAGGGGUUUGUUCCAAGGAUUGUCAUUGUGGGGGACCACCAUUUGUCUGCAUCAACAAUAGAUGCACAGAAGGAAAUGAAAACAUUGCAGCUUCGGCAAGCGGCGCGGCCACGGAAGAAUCGUCCUGGGGCCAGCGACAUCCUGGGGCAGUGACAGGGAUUCUUAUGAUGUUAAUUUUGGCUCUGCUAAUCAUUGGAUUGGUCGUUUACCGACGCCGAGCAGAAAAACGUGAAGCUCAUGAUAGCUUUGAUUCUGAUAACGAAAAUGACUGGGAUGUUGCGGACGAGGAAGAAGUUGAACUGGAGCUGGCAAUGAACAAGACACUGAAAACUAGCAAUGGCUUGCAAAAGCCUUCGGAGGACGUUGGUUCAUUCAUGGCAAUAUACCCAACGUCGACUAUGACGUUGCCGAGUGACGACGAAAGCGAAGAAAGUGGCCCAGCACCACCGCCAAACGGAAGUGACCGCUACGCAAUGAGGAGAGUGAGAAUUGUAGAAUAA